CCAGCAGCUCGGUUUCCUGCAGUUCCGGCGAGCGUCUCACCUGCAGCAGCGGGCCCACACCGGUGUCACUCUGCCGAGCAACGGUAAACUUUCUCUCGGUGAAUACUAACAAACCCACCGGGCUCCAUGGGUAACAGUUGCAGCUUUACAGGGCUAAACCGAGCCGUUCCCAAAGUGUUAAAGAAGGCCAGGAGAAUUAAUCACAAGACGAGUAGGACAUGUCAGAAAGUUCUUCAGGUGUGAACACUCUAAGUGGCAGUUUUCCCAAAUCCCACUCAUCCCAGUACUCUGACCUCAGGGUUACACACACACCCCUCUCUGUGGACCAGAGUCCUGAUUCUGGACUUGUAUCUACACCUCUUCCAUCCAGUCGGUUCAGGUUUGUGUCGUGGCAUCUCCUGGAGCAGUGUGAUGUCACAGGUGACCAGCUGACCUGCCCCAGGGUCAGAGAAGGGCCAUCGGAAGAGGAGCUGUUUCAAAGAGAGGGGGAUGACAUCUGUUUGGAGAGAGGGAGGAGGAGGAAGAGAGAGGAGGAAGGACAGAGAUGGGAGGAGAGACUGCAGGAGAAUUGGGAAAACUGUCUGGAGUUAAAUCUGUCCUACCAGGACUUGGGUGACCCCUUCCAGCAAGAGAAUUUCCUCCGGAUCCUCCGCCGCCUGAUCCGUGUGGAGAAACUACAACUGGUCGACAACUCCCUCACCAACCUGAGUUCUGUAUGUCUGCCAAGGUGCAGAAUGCUAAACCUGCAGCGUAACCACCUGGUGUGUCUGCGUCAGCUGCCAAAGCUCCCAGCAGUGGAGCACCUUUGUCUGUCUGAGAACGCCAUUGGCUCUCUGGGGGGGCUGGGAGCUCUGGGGAACAGCCCACUCCGCUCCCUCAACCUGACUCGCAACCCAGUGACCUUCACUCAGGACUACCGUGCACGUGUUUUCCUCUGUUUGCCAAAGCUAGUGAUCCUGGAUGGAAUCCCCAAGCUGCCAGAAGACUCUCUGCCCACCAGACUACAGUUCCCAGAAACCACCAGGAUGUGCAACAUUUUAUGACAUUCUUCUAUGGAUGGAUGUGUACGUAGUCUGUUCUCCCAAUCCUACAACACUUACUGAAGCGAUUAUGAGGCUUCAGCAAAGCACUGUUCAGCAAACUUUGUUGCACUAAAGGUUUCAUAGAGCUGUUCAGAGGAAAACCUCUGCUAUUGAUUGUGUCACAACUGUUGCCGAAAAACACUUUUUAGACCACACUGACAAUGCAGUCACAGGAAAUGUAAUGGUAAUGUGCUUGAAAGGCCAUGCAAAAUGCUUUUUAUAUGUAGUACAAAUUAUAUAUAUUAUUACUAUUGAUAUAUUCGUAAGUCAGAUUUUUUCAUAUAUCCUAUACCCAUAUUUUGUAAUAAAUAAAAAGUAUUUUAGCUGUU